AUGGAAAAGGAUGAUGACAAGAAGAAAACCACCAUUCCCUUGAAAACUGUAAAUACGAUCAUUCGGGACGUUUUAGGAGAUAAGAUCAAGGACAUUUGGGAGUCAUUCACUGAAAAGAUGCAAGAAUGUGGAAAUGCAUUUAUCAGCCAUUUGGCUAUGGAGCUAACACUUCAAGCAGAAAAUGAUAAGGUGAAAACAAUCGGAGAUGAUCAAGUGAUGAAAGCUUUGUCAAGUCUCGGCUUCGAAGAGAUGAAGGAUGAAGUAAAGAAGGUAGGAAAAGAGAAGAGUCACACUCCGCGCAAGCGCAGCAUGUUAGUUGUAGACGAGCAUACAGUUAAUAAACUGGUCAAGAUUACACCUGAAAAGAGUUUGAUUGUUUGUUUGAUUCUUACUGAAGUGAGACUUGAUUAG